AACAGGCCAAAGGGGGGAGGGAGGAGGGUCAAAACUCUGACUCUGGGUGUAGUGGUAAAUACUGCAUGCGCUCUCAUGAUGUCACUGGAGCUACAAGCCCGCAUCGUACUAAAUAUUAAAUUUAUUCUCUCUCAAACAACAUUUGAUCACAUGAUCUCAUUUAUAUUUAUAGCUCUGGUUUAGUUUGUUAGGCUGAUCAGACUCUCUCUCUCUCUCUCUCUCUCUCUCUCUCUUGCUGUGUGUGUGGUGGGCUAGCUUUGUGGAUGGAACAAGCUCAGUGUCUGGUGUGGCAAAUUAGCAGGAAAGAUCAGAUCUUCAAGUGCUCGUUAUCAUCACCAUCAUCAAUGAACUCAACAACAUGGGAAGAGAAGGCUUUUGCUGCAGAUGCAGCUGGGCAUGGUCCUCUUGGGGGUUGUAUAUGGCCUCCAAGAUCUUAUUCCUGCAGCUUUUGUAUGAGAGAAUUCAGGUCAGCUCAAGCCCUAGGGGGCCACAUGAAUGUCCACAGGAGAGACAGAGCCAGACUUAAGCAAUGCCUUAACCCCAAUAACACUGCUCACCAUCAUCAUAGCCAUGAGGCCCAUCAUCAUCAUCAACUUUCUAAACCAUCUGAUCAUGAUCAUGAUGAUCAUCAUCAACCUAUAACUUCCUCAAUAUCAUGUCCUUUCGCAUCACCUUCUAGGGCUCCCUCAGCUUUAGUCUCUAUUCAGAAGGAGAAUUCCUCAGGUGCUGAACGCGCUUUUCUCUCUCAUCAUUCUGCUACUUCUGCUCCAUCUAAGUCUGAUCAUCAAUUGGAAAAGAAUAUCAUGACCAGAGAAGAAGAAGAUUCUAGGUGCCUGCUAGGUAGUUAUGAUCAUGGUGAUUUUAAUGUUGAGACCGAUUUGUCUGUGGGGUUAAAUAUUUCGGUUGUUAACCGAAACAGAUCACAAGGUGGGUCUUGUCGGGAAGAGGCAAGCAUCAGUUGUAAAAGGCCAAAGACUGCUACUGCGGCUAUUUCUUCAUUUCCAUUUUUUCUCCAAUCAGAAGCAGAGGUGACUGGGCUUAUGGCUAGCUCCUCCAUGGAAGAUUUGGAUCUUGAGCUCAGGCUUGGUGACCCUCCCAAGGUGAAAUGAAAGCACUUUGGGCUGGCAAUGCAAUUGUAUGGGCUCAUGGUCUUAUUUUGCACUGCUUUUUUAAAUUAAUCAGAAGAAAUUUUAAAGGAAAUCACUUUCUGCGUUUACUGUUUUUCCAUCUCCUUCUUGGCAAACCCAUCCUUUAGAUGAUUCAAGGGAAAUCAAGCAUGCCAGCUUGAGGUGCACAUAAUUCAAGUUAAGAUCAUUAAUUGAUUGCACUUUAUUUUUUAUUUUUGUUUGUCUAAUCGAUAUUCAUUUGAUCAGUUCUGAAUUAUUAUUAGUUAC